AUGAGUCAUUACCGGAAAGGGCUCAAGCCUAAGGUCAGGCUAGAACUAGAUCGCAAUUGCAUUUGGGAAGACCUAAACGAGUUAAUCGAGGAAUCUAUUAAGGCGGAUGAGAUACUCUACGAGUAUCAGAAGGAACGCCGAUCUUUCAACAUCCAUAGAAACCGAGAUCGUGGUAAAUACUACAAGAAUGAAGGAAGACCUCGAGAAAACAGACAAUCUUAUGGAGAACUAAUGCAGUUGAAUGCAAUGUUUAAGAACAAACUACCUAAGGAAGAGGUAGAACGAAGACGCAAGGACAAGCUAUGCUUCGAAUGUGGCAAACCAGGUUAUCGGGUCAGGGAUUGUCGAAGCAAGAGAUCAUCAGGAGGAGGUUAUCACAAGAAGUUCGGCAAAAGUCAAUUCAAUGCUACCUUUGUACCCCAAUUAUACACCUCAAAUCCAAUUGAAGACGAUAGUUACGAAUGUGAAGAAUGUCAAAAGGAAAUUGACGCAAUGCUACAAGAUUAG